UCUGUUAUAUUUAUCACAUGAUUUUGCAGGCCAAUUUAUAAAAAACAAUGGCUACAAAAGAUGUUACAGGGAUUGAACAGUGUUUUGUUGUAGAGACUCCUACAAGACAAGAGAAUGGUGUCGACAAUGUUACUGUCAAGUCGGUUCGCUAUUUUGAUGUCAUGUUCCUUGGUCUGACUGGCCAGGGCAAGACGACUACCGCUGAUAAGUUGCUCAUAGCCAAUCCUGACGGUGUCAACUACAGAGAAAUGUUCAAAGAUGCACAAAAAGCCAUCAUCGAUCCUAACAAUCAGAUGGCCACUAAAGAAGAUCUGUUCAUGUGGCGUAUUCCUAGUGAUAGAUUCUCUUUGGAUCGACUCUCCACUAGAUUGAAAAAUCUUGCAUUGUUUCGAACUCUUGACAAUCCUCAUCUUAAGGUAAAUGGAGCACAUGCAGGCGAUAUGCAUGUCAAUGAUAGAACUCAGAAAUGUGAGCUUCUUUCAAAUGAGACAACUAAAGUGCGUGUGCUUGAUGUGCCUGGGUUUUUCGGGGCAAUGACGUCUGAGGAAAUUCAACGAGUUAACUCUAUUGCCCUCAAAGCCACUGCUUCCCACCUGGGCACAAUGAGGAGUAUUCUACAAAUCCAAACAGCCAUGUCCAUAAAGUUUGAACGAAUUCUUUAUUUCCUUCCUUGCCGAGAUACGCUUCAAUUUUCAAAUGCUGGUUUGGAACAAGAGCUCGAAUUGAUGUAUACCUACUUUGGUAAAGCAAUCUUCGAAACAAUGAUCAUUGUCACCACCAUAGGAUCUGCUACCUACGAGAUAAUCCCCAAGGGUUAUCCUAUUGAGUUUCCUAAGCAGCAAUUGGAAACAUCGAGAACAACGUUCAAGGACGCUCUUGCAAAAUUCUUACCAAUUGACACACCCUGCCCUCCAAUCAUUUUCAUUUCUUUGUACGAUACUGGUGAGUCCAUUCUCAAGAAAAUCAAGGAAACUGAAGUUGCUCAGGGCAGUCUUCAGUUACAAUUGAGUUCUUCUAUAUGUGCUCUAUGCUCUUCAACUAUUGGGGAACGAGAUGGGGAGAGGGUUGGUUGCAUACCUGGCCAUGAGACUUCGAAACUGGUCAAGUUGUAUGAAGAUUCCCACUGCCAUCCUAUUUUUUUGCCCAAGUACACUACAUUUCAGAAGAUCACCGGUGGUAUUAGCUAUGCUGUGAAAAAUGUUGUACUACGCGAGCAAUGGGAAUGGCCUGACUUCAACGUGGAAGAAUGCCCCAAUUGCAAAUGCCAGCCAGGCAGCAAAGGCUGUUUGAUGGUUGGUGAGAAGUAUGAAAUAGGCAAUCAGACAUUUUGGGUUAAUCACACAAAUAAGGUAGAAGAAGACACUCUCAAUCAUCGGCUGAUGCUGCAAGACGACUCUGAUGCACAGUUCCAGGAAGAAAGCGAUUCUGAGGAUUCUUCUUUACCUUACCAGGACAAAAGUGAUGACUUAAGAAGGUGUUUCUCUUCAGAUGCUAUGGUUCUCAGUAAUCACGAAAGAAUAAGAGACAAAGUCCGUCCUAGUGAUAGCUUUGGUGGGGCCAGUGAGUCAGACAGAGAGAGACAAAAGAGUCGAUACGAUACUUCACUCAGCUCUGCACGAAAGAAGAAAGUGGCUGUCUCCAUGGAGACCGAUGAUGAUUCUGGAGCGAGAUCACAUCUUGUGGCAGGGUCCAUCCGGAGAAUACCAAGAAAUGCAAGCAGCAGUCCUGAACACUCUUACGAAUCUGAGAGGAAAGAGACAUAAAUAAACAUUAGUUAACUUGCAUGUAUAUAAUAUAGUGCCAAAACUUUAUGUACUUCAAUGUAUUUUGUAAAUGUUUGUUUUGUGGCUUGAAUAUUUUCAUUGUAAACCAGUACGGAUGACAAAU